UUGGUGCUCGUGGGUGAGGGUGAGGGUGAUGGAUGCUGUACGUGCACUGGAAUGAGGAUCGGUGAUAUUGGCGGAGCGCUGCUUGAAGCUGCCAAACUGACGAGGUUCUGGUUCUGCCAGAAGCCUGGAUACGGCUUCUCUCAAAAAGUGGACGAGGAGGAGUCUAGCGGUGGAGUGACCCUGCACCCGCCGGACGGCUUCUACUCUCACCAGCACUCGAUCCACAGUGGUCACCAUGCGCACAACGCCGAGCCCGACAGAGGCUAUAUGGAGGGCAAUAGAUACGUCACCGCCGUACACCGCCCCCUACCUGCUCUAAACCACUCAAACUCGUCAUGCUCGUCGGCGUCGAACGCGUCGACGGGCGCUGGGCUAUGUGCGGCGACAGCGGAGCCGGCGCCACCGCUUUUCAUCGCCGCACCUCCGGAAGGUUUCGGCUUGGCCGUCCACAACAACAGCCGCUAUGAGAUGUCUCAAGAUCUCCUCGACAAACAAGUAGAAAUCCUUGAGAGGAGAUACGGAGGUCUAAGGGCUAGACGCGCAGCGGUGACCAUACAGCGUGCGUUCAGAAGACGACAACUCCUAAAGAAAUUUAGCGCCAUCACAGCCAUGGCUAAAGCUGCUGAUUCCACCGCGAGGAGGCUCCAAGACGGCUCCGAUCAUGGACAACUCGUUAAUGGAAAUGACAUAUACGCGAACACCUUACUCCAGAAGAGCCCAGCAGGAACAGAAAAAAUGCUUGCACUCACCAGACCCAUGCGCUCUAUGUCGUUACGUGAGAGACACGACGUGGACAUGAGUAACCAUUUGCAAUGCGACACUACAAAUGAAGUGGAAGCCAUGGUGGCGAGGGUUCAACAGUCAGCGCAUCAGAUACACAUGAUUGCGUCCGAGAUGCCUCCGCAUCAUCGUGCCGACACCGAUAGUGGGGUCUGCAGCUGUUCUGUAAGCGGUUCGGUGACAAAUAUAUCGACCUCCUCCUCCCACAAUGAAUCUCUGCACAAUCACCAAUUGCUGAAUAACUCCGGGCCAAUAUACGGCAACCUUCUGUCAUCUGGUGGUAAGCCUCUGUCGUCGCCAACGGCUCGUCAGCAGCAACAAUUGGCGGCGAUACAAGCAGCGAACGCUCGCAGGCUGCCACCAGAAGUGCCAAAACGGACCAGCAGUAUCACUCUCAAUGCCGAAAGCCCAGUGUCUCUCCGCCGGGCGGAAUGCGGUGCGGUCAUACGCGGGGGUUCCAUGUCGUCGGUUCAGUCGUCGUCGUCAUCGUCGUCACAGGAGCACCGUCAUCACUACCACCAACCUUACCAGCCUAGAGCUCCGGAACCCCACGUGCACAUCCAGGAGCAGCACUUCCAACAGCACCAGCGCACAGCCUCUGGAUCUUUAUACGAGGGAGGCGAUCGCUUCCCGGUGUGGAAGCGUCAAGAAGCCCCGCCGUACUACGAGGCACCGCCGCCACCUGGUGCUUGCUGUCGACCGCAACAUGAACAUCACCCGCAUACACAUCAGCCUUUGAAAGUUACCGCCGUGUCAGAAACAGUACGCAAACGCCAAUACAGAGUAGGUUUGAAUCUCUUCAACAAGAAGCCCGAACGCGGAAUCGCCUAUCUUAUUUCUCGUGGAUUCUUGGAGAAUUCACCGCGUGGCGUGGCGCGUUUCCUCAUCACGAGGAAAGGACUAAGCAAGCAGAUGAUUGGGGAGUACCUAGGGAAUUUGCAGAAUCCCUUCAAUAUGGCUGUGCUUGAAUGCUUCGUGAACGAGUUGGAUUUGUCCGGUAUGGCGGUAGAUGUGGCGCUUCGUCGCUAUCAAGCCCACUUCCGGCUUCCAGGCGAGGCGCAGAAAAUCGAGCGGCUUGUGGAAGCGUUCGCUCGACGCUAUUGCGUGUGUAAUACCGAUUUUGUUCAACGUCUGCGGACUCAAGACACGAUAUUCGUACUAGCAUUCGCCAUAAUAAUGCUGAACACGGACCUUCACACACCAAACCUAAAGCCUGAAGCACGAAUGUCGCUGGACGACUUCGUGCGAAACUUGCGCGGCAUCGACGAUUGUGGAGACAUUGACCGAGAUAUGCUCGCCGGAAUCUAUGAUCGCGUCAAAGCCAGCGAAUUCAGGCCCGGGAGUGAUCACGUCACACAGGUGAUGAAAGUACAAGCUACGAUAGUCGGCAAAAAGCCUCACCUUGCUCUGCCGCAUCGGCGACUCGUCUGUUACUGUCGGCUGUAUGAAAUACCCGACAUACAUAAGAAAGAACGUCCUGGAGUACACCAACGAGAGGUGUUCCUGUUCAAUGAUUUACUAGUGAUUACGAAGAUCUUCAGCAAGAAGAAAUCUUCGGUGACCUACACCUUCAGGCAGUCAUUCCCCCUGUGUGGAAUGGUCGUCAAUCUCUUCUCAGUGCCGCACUACCCGUUCGGCAUACGUCUGUCGCGGCGCGUGGACGGGCGUCGGCUGUCGACGUUCAACGCGCGCAACGAACACGACCGCUGCAAGUUCGCGGAGGAUCUGCGCGAGAGCAUCGCGGAGAUGGACGAGAUGGAGGCCAUGCGCAUCGAGGGCGAGCUCAACCGCGGCAAGGGGCGCGGCGGCAGCGCCGGUGCGAGGAACGUAAUGGAGAACAGAGACAGCGGCGUAGCCGACGUAGAGAUCGAUCAUCAGCAGUGUAUGGACCACGUGCACGUGCACGGAGUGGUAGUCCCGCCCCCACCGGCCGGCCCGGCACCAGCGGCACCAUCUCGUCUCUCCCAAAACCCACCACCCACCAACAUUAUAAAGAGGAACGUACUUAGCAACUCGCUGGUCGACAUUAACGAUCCAGUGGCUCUAGCGGCUGAGCGUCUACAGCGAAGAGGCUCAGUCGGCUCGUUGGACAGCGGCAUGUCGGUGUCCUUCCAGCAGGGCAGCCGUAACGCACUGCAUGCCACUUCGCCGAGACAUCCGAAUGAGCAGCGUUCACCAGGUCGUCUCUUCAGUGGUAUCUUCCCCGGACGCCAACGGAAACUGAGUGCGUCAGGAAUCCCGGACACGAAAGGACAAGUCGGGAAGAGUACAGAAGUAUAA